UUGCAUGCCGGGACUUUGUUUGCUUGUCGAGGUCUAAUUUCAGUAGAGAAAGUGGUCUCUCAUAGUCUUCGGGGCAGGUAAGCAUGGUAGAACAGUGAUGUAUCUAUGGCGGUGUCUGUUGCCAGGGCUUGUCAUUGAGAAGGCAACAUGUAUCUGCUGUCACUGUGAGUCCUAUGCCGUGCAGCGUAAUCCUUGCUCGUUGAGCAGCAGUCUGCUUGCAAUCGAGAGGGGCAAGGUCGGCCGUAGCCUAAUACAACCCCCGGGAGCAACAGUGACACAUUCGCGUGGUUUGAGGACUUCUCAUGACCAGAGAGCCAAUUUCACUCUUUGUUGCAUCACCACAGCGUACUAUAUCUCGCAAUUCCCUGCCUUGUCUUCCAAUGCAGCUCCACAUCCAAUCGGUGGAUUCGGUCGUGCCAUUUCAUUGAUAACACCGGGAGCAGCGAGUCAUGGUGACUGUAUAUCUAGGACCGUAUAGUGCUUGCGACCGUUGUCCGCGGACGUCCAAUCCAGAA